AUAAAGAGUCAACCAUUGGGUUAAGGACAAGGACAGUUGAGAAACAUUGAAAUGGAUCAGAUCAGUGUUUAUACAGUACACACAGAUCUCUGACCUUUUUCUGGACUAUCAGUGGACUACAGAGUGCUGCACUGUGGUUUGUCACUCUGCCCAACAACCACCAUGAAGCUCAAGCUGCAGCUGCUGCUCCUUGUCUUCUGUGCCUUCCUCAUACCUGCACAGUUACUACAACACAAGAAACAUGACGAGCAUGGCAGAGAUGAUAAAAAGGUGAAACCAGGAGAGAAACCAGAACAUAGACCAGGACAGAAACCAGAAGAAGGACCAGGUCAUAGACCAGGAGAAGGACCAGGUCAUAGACCAGGAGAAGGACCAGGACUUAGACCAGGGGAAGGACCAGGGCAUAGACCAGGAGAAGGACCAGGACUUAGACCAGGGGAAGGACCAGGACAUAGACCAGGAGAAGGACCAGGACUUAGACCAGGAGAAGGACCAGGACGUAGACCUGGAGAAGGACCAGGACUUAGACCAGGAGAAGGACCAGGACAUAGACCUGGAGAAGGACCAGGACAUAGACCUGGAGAAGGACCAGGACAUAGACCUGGAGAAAGACCAGGAGAAAGAGGCCAUGAACAUGACAAGAAACCUGAAAGACGAAGAGGAAGAGUAGAGGACCUGCUGGCCGAUUACGAUGACUCUGAUGAUAGCAGAGAUGAUGACGAUGAAGGAAGGGGCGAGUGGCUGUUUGAACUUCAGGAUGUCAGAGGCAGUUGCAGCCCAAAUCCAUGCCUCAAUAAUGGUAUAUGUGAGGACAGGAGAGCAGGGAGAUUCAAGUGCAAAUGCCCAAAACACUUCAGGGGCAGGAGGUGUGAGAAACGUGUGAUGAUUUGCAAAAGGGACACAUGUGGGUAUGGACAAUGUGUUCUGACCUUAAGUCCACCUUACUACGAGUGCAAGUGCAAACCACCUUUCAAACCUCCAAACUGCAAAUCAAUUGCCCCAUGUGAACCUAACCCAUGUCUGAAUGGAGGGUCUUGUGUUAAGGAUGGACAAGACUUUGACUGUGUCUGCAAAGAAGGUUUCACCGGAAGAUUCUGUCAUGUUGGCCCUGAUGAUUGCUAUGAGGGAGAUGGAGAGUCAUACAGAGGGAUGGUGUCUGAGACGGAGGAUGGAGACGACUGUCUCUUCUGGCAUUCCCACUUUAUUCUGGGUAAAGGAAUAAACCCCUUCACUACAUACGAGGAUGCUCGGGGUCUGGGUCCUCACAACUGCUGCAGAAACCCUGAUGGUGAAUCAAGGCCAUGGUGCUUCAUACGUUUAGGAAAGAAACUAAGAUGGGAUCACUGCAAUGUGAGGAAAUGUUCAACCAAUGAGACCUCCCCCAUUUCCCCUCCUAAACCCAAACCCCCUACAGCUGAACCUGCUGUCAUUAGACCUCCUGCGAAGCCCACCCCUGUCCCUUCACAUCCAACACAGCCCAGUCCGGCCCAUCCCUCAGUAAUCCAUACUCCAGGAACGCAUCCCCCUGUAAACAUUACCCCAGAAAGCAAACCCUCAACACCUGCCCUCCAAGUGGAGGAGUAUUUUGCAACCUGUGGGAAACCCCAACCAAAGAGGCCAGUGAAUCGCAUCUAUGGGGGUCUAAAGGCGCUUCCUGGAGCCCAGCCGUGGCAGGCCUCUGUACAGGUCAGACAGAAAGGCACCAGCCUGCCCUUCAAACACAUCUGUGGAGGCAUCCUCAUCAAGCCAUGCUGGGUGAUGACUGCAGGACACUGUAUUGACAAAAAACAGGAAUUCCAGGUGGUGCUGGGAAGUCUGGACUUAGGCAAGAUUGAAGCAUCACAGCAAGUGGUGGAGGUUGUGGAAACCAUCAUCCAUGAACAGUACAGAGAAACUCUGGAUGGAGUCUACAAUGAUAUAGCUUUGCUGAGGCUGAAAGACAAAAAAGGGAAGUGUGUAGAAGAGAGCCAGUUUGUAAAGACGGCCUGCUUACCCACAGAGGCUUUUCCUGAUGGUGCUGAGUGCACCAUCUCCGGAUGGGGAGCCACUCCACAGUCGCAAUACGGCUCCAGUCAGUUGCUGGACGCUGAGGUGCUGCUGAUCUCCCAGGAUACAUGCUCCAGCAGUAAAGUGUAUGGGAAACUCGUAGAUCACACCAUGUUCUGUGCUGGUUACCUGGAGGGCGGAGUGGACUCGUGCCAGGGUGACUCCGGUGGGCCCUUGACCUGCGCGAGGAACCAGACACACUACAUCUAUGGCAUUGUUAGCUGGGGAGACAACUGUGGAGAGAAGAACAAGCCUGGAGUUUAUACUCGUGUCACUCACUUUGUAGACUGGAUCAAUGCAAAAACAGCCAGUAAACCCAGUACAGCUCCUUAAAUGUCUGGAAAGGGCAAUUCUUUAUCUGAGAACUGAGCUGAAAAUGAUAAGUCAUGGAAGUGUGGUUUCAUUGUUUGGCCUAACAGCUUCAGGCGUGUCCAUGUGUUCCUUACUUUGUGUUAAACUUUUGUUACAAAUCAAGCCCAAGUGUUGCCUCAUAGCAAAGCACUGAGUACAAAAGUAAAAGUACUAUGUCAAAAAACUGAGAAAGAGUUAAAAGUACUUAAUUUUGGUAUUUGCAAGUAAAAGUGCUCUUGUUUUUUCUUGGCAA